UGCGCAUGAGCAUCACAUCAACACCAAGCGGGAAGAAGCGGGCUGUAGUGUUGUGCUGGAGGAGCAGUAUUAUUCGAGUACUGUUUAGCUAGCAAGCAGCUAGCAAGCUAGCUAACAAGGAGCACCUGAAGAGUGAAGAUGCCGCGGGAAAUCAUAACGCUCCAGCUGGGGCAAUGUGGAAACCAAAUUGGGUUUGAGUUUUGGAAACAGCUGUGUGCAGAGCAUGGCAUCAGUCCAGAGGGGAUUGUUGAGGAGUUUGCAACUGAAGGGACUGACAGGAAAGAUGUGUUCUUCUAUCAGGCUGAUGAUGAGCACUACAUCCCCCGCGCAGUCCUCCUCGAUCUGGAGCCCAGGGUGAUCCACUCCAUCCUCAACUCCCCUUAUGCCAACUUGUACAACCCAGAGAACAUCUACCUCUCUGAGCAUGGUGGAGGUGCUGGGAACAACUGGGCUAGUGGAUAUUCACAAGGCAAAAAAAUCCAAGAGGACAUCUUUGAUAUCAUUGACCGCGAGGCAGAUGGCAGUGACAGUUUGGAGGGAUUUGUCCUGUGUCACUCCAUUGCUGGAGGGACCGGCUCUGGUCUUGGAUCCUACCUCCUGGAAAAACUCAAUGACAGAUACCCAAAGAAGCUGGUGCAGACAUACUCUGUUUUCCCAAACCAGGAUGAGAUGAGUGACGUGGUUGUUCAGCCGUACAACUCGCUGCUCACGCUGAAGAGGCUCACGCAGAAUGCUGACUGUGUGGUGGUUUUGGAUAACACGGCUUUAAAUCGCAUUGCCACAGACAGACUACAUAUCCAGAACCCCUCAUUCUCCCAGAUCAAUCAACUGGUCUCCACCAUCAUGUCUGCCAGCACAACCACCCUGCGCUACCCAGGUUAUAUGAACAAUGACCUCAUUGGACUGAUUGCAUCCCUCAUCCCCACCCCCCGCCUUCACUUCCUCAUGACUGGGUACACACCACUCACAACCGACCAGUCGGUUGCCAGUGUGAGGAAAACCACUGUACUAGAUGUAAUGAGGAGACUGCUGCAGCCCAAAAAUGUGAUGGUGUCCACAGGAAGGGAGAGACAGCCAAGCCACUGCUACAUCGCUAUCCUUAACAUCAUCCAGGGAGAAGUGGACCCCACACAGGUGCAUAAAAGCCUCCAAAGGAUCAGGGAGAGAAAGCUUGCAAGUUUUAUUCCCUGGGGUCCUGCCAGCAUCCAGGUUGCAUUGUCCAGGAAAUCUCCAUACCUACCCUCGGCCCACCGAGUCAGCGGCCUGAUGAUGGCCAACCACACAAGUAUCUCCUCUUUGUUCGAGCGAACGUGUCGGCAGUAUGACAAACUCCGUAAGCGCGAGGCUUUCUUGGAGCAGUUCCGCAAAGAGGACAUAUUCAAGGACAACUUUGACGAGCUGGACAACUCCCGUGAAGUAGUCCAACAGUUGGUAGAUGAGUACAGCGCAGCCACACGGCCUGACUACAUUUCCUGGGGCACGCAAGAACAGUGAAUAAAAUUUUCUUGAACCUUAAUCCAGUCAGCAUAUAAAUGUGUAGGUAGUUUAUGUCAUUCAAUUUACAAGCCCCUCUUUCCUUGUACAAAGAAAAUUUUCUUCUCAUGUCUGUACAGACAAGUAUUUGGCUUCAACAGCUUAUCUGAUUAGUUAUUUAUUGGCAUGUAAUAGUCUAGUAUACUUGUGUUUCAUAAGUAAGAUAAGUAGGGUGGGUUUUUAUGCCUAUAAGAUAUUAACCAAAUAUAAAAUGGGAAAACACUGUAUUUUUGGGGGUCAUUAUGUUCUGAGAUUCUAUAACACAACGUGCAUUGAACGGUCCUUACCUUAUACUUCAGUGAAGGCAGUUUUUUUCAUCUGUACAGCAAUUUAAGUGUGCUAACAUUUUUCCGUUUUCCCCUUUUUGUUGCCUUUUAUCCACUGUUCCUGGUAAUGUUAAGACAACCUGCUGCCUUGUUUUGGUCUAUUUUUAUACUCUAUAUAGUCACUAUCUUUUUGUGCAGUUGAUUUACAGUUAAACGUCCACAGUGUAAGAAACAAUUGCCUUGAAUAAUGGGAGUAGGACUGACAGAAUGCAUUGCAUGAUGGGUAAUGCAGGCUCUCACAUCCCAGUCUAUUUGCACUGUGUCUGCUGCUGACAUGCUCAUUCUUACCAUGACCAGGAAGAAUGUGAAGCUGAAGUUGGGCUCAAGCCAAAAAAAAAUAUCUAUAUACCAGUCACAUGAAGCGUGUUGACAUUUUAACAGCACUUGUCAUAUACAACAGAGAAAGUCACUGUUUGCACACAAGGAUAGAUCUCAUUUCAACACUUCAUCUCUAUGCUUGUAAAUAGACUUAAAAGAAUAAUCUGUUCUCUGGUAUUCUGUGUUCUCCAGAUGGACGUAUUGUUUCAUGUUGCUUUGCUCGUUGGACCUGUUUAAAAGGAUAAAUAAACACAUUUUCUAUAAGU